UGAGGGAGUGGAGGCGCCUGUUGAUGCAGAUUCUGGUUUUUGUAAAAUGCUUUUCUCCUGCUCCUCCACGUCUCGGGGGGAGACCGUGGUGAGCGACCCGCCCAGGUGGACCUGGAGCCCCCCCUGCAGCUCCUGCAGCUCCGGCCCCAGGCCGGCUCCCGCGCUCAGUGCUCUAGCUUGAUCUUAUAACACGGUGGGGCAUGAUGGAGCGACGAAGAGCCCUGACGCUUCAACUUUCGGGGAGCAAGAAGAACUCGGUGGAAAACCCGCUCAGAAUCCCCGGGACUGCUCUCUCUAAAGAUUGUAACAAGUUAGGACAGGUUUCCUGGACCGCAUUCGCAGGUUGCAAAUUAAGAUCUCGUAAUUCGCAUAAAAACGGAGCCAUGAUGUUUCAUCACAGCACACUAAACCUGGAGAUGUCCAGCAGGAAGCCCCUUCUGGUCCUGACGGACGUGCUGAAGACGGAGCCGGGCAAGGCUUACAUGGAGCGGAUGAAGAUGGGCCGUCAGACUCGUCUGCAGAAGGAGAGCGGCCAGUCGAAAGAGGACCAGUCGAAAGAGGACAAGUCCAGAAAAGACCAGUCCAAAGACGACCAGUCCAAGGAGGACCAGUCCAGAAAGGACCGGUCUAAAGAGGACCAGUCCAAAGACGAUGCUCUGAACCUCCGGGACAGAAAGUCCAGUCUGAAACAGACCAAGACCAGCAAGAGCACGAGCGUGACGCCAAAAAGCAAGCAGAAACUAACGCCCUCCUCUUCUCAGAGGGCGGCGCUCAGGAGAAAACAACAGAACGCUGACGAGGACGACAGAGAAGAAGGUCAAGACAUCGAGGAGGUGAUUAUCGGCAGAGACGGAGCCGAGGACGACGUGUUUGCUGAGGUCGUAGAUUGUGGUUUGUCGUUGAGCUGGGAGCCGACCGAGGAGCCGGUCGUCUGCGACGACUUCUCCCCCAACGGCAUCAAGGACCGGCUGAGCGACCCGGAGAAAGGAGCUCCGCACAGAUCGAAGCGUAAAAGGCCGGACUCGGGGCUGCAGUGCAACGGGACGGGCAGCCCUAAGCGGCACCGGGAGAGCGUGCUGCGGCGCCGUGAGAGCGUGCUGCGGCUGACCGGGGACGGCGAGGCGGCUGGAGGAAACUCUCCCGCCUCCUCCAGGCAGGACAGUGAAGACGACAUGGACCUGGAGAGUCUGGACAACUGCAUCGUCCAGUUCACGGUGGGCGGAGACGACGAGACGCAAGAGCUGGUCCCCGUCGUCACGGCCGGCCUGGAGCCCGGAGACGUGAUCCGCAGCCGCAGAGGCGUCGACGGAUCAUCUCAGACCGGCCCGUCGGAACCCAUUGUUCUGUCCAGCGAUGAAGAGGAGGGUGGGGUCGUGUCCCAGCGCUGCAGCCGACUGCACCGUACCGGAGCAGCUGCAGCCGAAGACACGGUGUUGAGAAGAACCUCCUCGCAGGACGUCGUGUGCGACAUGCAGGAUUCUCCUGACAAGCAGGACGCAGAGCUGUUACAGGUCGUGGUUGGAGUGGAUCCUCCCCCGCUGGCCCCUUUUCCUGUUCCUGAGGUGGACUUGUCCUGCAUGACGCUGGCCUUCUGCAGCCUGCACUGUGGGAGUUACACGGCGAGGGCCAACGCCGGCCUCGUGUUGGCGAAAGAUCAGCUCAUCAUCCCGCUGAAAGACGACGGCGAGGACGAGGAGGCGAUGGUGGCGGUGGAGCGGUCGGAGCUGAGGAGGUACAGCGUCUGGGAGCAGGACAGCAUGGAGCGGCGAGGCCUUCGCUUCAGGGACAGAGAGUCGCCCGCCGCCGCCACCGUCCUGCUGCUCUUCAUCUCAGACGCCGCCGCAGCGGCUCUGCAGCUCGACCUGCAGCAGCUCUGCGGAAAACAGGACCGAGACACUGGGAAGGCCAGCUCCGUGGUGGCGCUGACUCUCAGGGAUCCCCUGGUGGGGAUGGAGGGAGCUCUGCUGCGCUCGGCCCUGGAGAUCGACUGCAUCAGGAAUCUGACGCAUGAAGGAACCACUUCUCCCUUCAGAGACCGGAGCAGCAGCCUGGCGGCCAUCAACACCCCCAUGCUGACUCUGGACGACAGUAUCGAGCUGAUCAGCAGCUCCGGACGGGACUCACGCCUGCUCCGCAUGCUGGGAAUAACCGUACCAGAACUCCGCACCAGCCAGGACAGUUCACACUCUGAUUCAGAUGAAAUCCCCCCUGCUCACACCUGGCUGGGACCCGUCCUGCGGAAAGAGCUGGAAACGGAGCUGGAGCCGGAAAUAGAGACGGAGCUGGAACCGGAGACGGAGCCGGAGACGGAACCGGAACCAGAGUUGGUGACGGAGCUGGAAACGGAGACUGAGCCGGAACUGGAGCCGGAACCAGAAAUAGAGACAGAGCUGGAACCGGAACCGGAAAUAGAGACAGAGCUUCUCCCGGAGCUGGAUCUGGAGCCGGAGCCGGAACUGGAGCUGGUUUCGGAGGCGCGGCCGGAGACGGACGAAGGGCCAGGACUGGACUCACAAGAGGACCAGGAACCCCCGAAUACCACUGAUAGCAAGAAAGAGGCCAAACCCGUGUACACGCUCUGCCACCGCAGGACCAAAGGGAGCUACUCCGUGUCCAUGAGCAAACCCGACUCCAGGUGGAUCAAAUACAAACACCAGGGUCAGGCUCGCAGGCUGAUCCAGUUCCCUCCUCCCCCGAUGAAAGGAGGCAUCACCGUCACCAUGGAGGACCUGCAGUGUCUGGACGGAGGCCAGUACCUCAACGACGUCAUCAUCGAUUUUUACCUCAAAUACCUCCUCCAGAACACGUCCGCCUCUGUGGUCGAGCGCUGCCACAUCUUCAGCAGCUUCUUCUACAAGCAGCUGACGCGCCGGGACAACGCCAGCGAAGGCGGCAACGCCGACUCUUGUCAGCGUCAGAGGCGACACCAGCGCGUGAAGACGUGGACGCGACACGUGAACAUCUUCAAGAAGGACUUCCUGUUUGUUCCUGUCAAUCAGGAAGCUCACUGGUAUCUAGUGGUCAUUUGUUUUCCUGGACUGGACGAGCCUAAACUGGAAGGUCCGAGUGAAACGGGAGGAUGUUGCCGUGACGACGACGACGCCGGGACGUCCGGGACGUCGCAGACGCCGACCCGCAGCGACAGCACGAGCUCGGAGACGGAAAACACUAAAGAAGACGCCACCAAAGACUUUCCUCUUUCUUCAGUCAGCUGCACGGAGCGAACCUGCACCAGGAACACGGUCUGUAAGAGGCCCUGCAUCCUCAUCAUGGAUUCCCUCAAACUGUCUCUCCACGAGCGAGUCUUCAAACUCUUGCGGGAGUACCUGCAGUCGGAGUGGGAGGCCCGUCAAGGCUCCAGCAGGGACUUUGACCCGGACCAGAUGAAAGGUUCCCACUGCAAAGUUCCCCUGCAGGACAACAGCAGCGACUGCGGCCUCUACCUGCUGCAAUACGUGGAGUGUUUUCUAAAAGACCCAGUGGCCCACUUCGACCUCCCUCUACAGCUGCAGCACUGGUUUCCACGGCAACAGGUCCGGAGGAAACGAGAGGAGAUCCGGGACCUGAUCCUGAACCUUUACCGGCGGCAGAACUCGGAGAACCGGCCGGAGACGCAGCCCGACUGCUGAAGGAGCCUCUGGCGGAGGCCUGGACAACCCGGACGACCCGGACGACAACGUCCUCAGAUCCAUCCCAUAAACUCUGGCGGUCCUGGGGGGGGCCGAGAAACCGGGUCCUAGUUGUUUUUAUAACGGUUAGAUGUUUCCUAAAUUUAAACAUUUGUCUUUCUACAUCACGCGUGGCGGCAGACGCUGGUUGGACGGUGCCGGCGAGGGGGCGUGGCCUCUGCAA